AUGAAGACCGAUAAUAAGUUGUCAAAAUUAUUGCCGGAAAUGAAGCCAGUUUCUGAUUCACCAUCAUAUAAUGGCAAUAAGAGAGGUCUGCAUGAUUUACAACUACUUACUUUUGAUAAUCUGAAUAUGCAUGUCACUUUUGUAACAAUAAUUCGUAGAGAUAUUUAUCUGCGAACAAGAUUUAUUGUCAAACUCUAUAAGAUUUCUAUUGUAUUAUUUAAAAGAUUUGAAGAAAAAAAUUUCACUGAAAUUUCACAUUUUGCGCUUAAAAUUUACGUGUCACGUAUUUUUGCAGUAUGUUUUCUGGAUGCCGUAGGAAUCCCUGUACUUCACGCCGAAUCUCAGUAUAGUGCUGUAGGAUCUUGGAUGCGUGAUAAUAAGCCAUACAGUCAUGAAAUGGCGGAACGACGCUGGGUAACUGAUGAUUAUGCAUCUCCAGUACUGUAUGAGUACGAAAAUGAGCGUCAGUUAAUGAAUAAAAAACAAAAAAUAAAAUAUUAUGUAGACUAUUUGGCAUCUGGUACUGGCAGUAUCAUCUUCAAUGGUUCCUAUUAUUACCACCGGCACAGCUCAAGCAUUUUAGUAAAGUAUGAUUUGGAAUCAACUGAUCAAAUUCAAAAAAGUUUAGGAGAUAUCUCGUAUUUGGACUGCUCUAGAAGACGAGACCACACAUUUGAAAAUUGUAAUGAGACAGAACGUGAUAUUUGGCUAUACAAUCGUCCUCAUAAUUAUAUUGAUUAUGGCGCAGAUGAAAAUGGACUUUGGGUGGUUUACGUGAGAUCAGGAAUGAAACACAUCACUGUCAGUAAAAUUGAACCGGAUAUGAAAAUAGUGCGAACUUGGAAUAUUUAUGAGCUAAAUGCAACUGAUAUAGCAGAGACAUUUAUCAUGUGUGGAGUUCUGUAUGGAUUAAAAAGUGUUACUGAUCGAGACACGUUUAUUAAUUUUGCAUAUGAUUUGUACAGGAACAAAACGAUUGAUGUAAAUGUGAAGUGGUACAACCCUUUUGGUGGUUUAACAAUGUUACAUUACAACCCCACUGAUAAACGAUUGUAUUUCUUUGAUUCAAAGCGAUUGUUAAGUGUUAAUGUUCGGGUCGAAGGUGAAACGGAUCAAUUCGAAUUUGAAGAGGAUGAUUGA